AUGGAGGUCCACACAACCAACGGUGCCGACGGGUCGGUCAUCGAUUGGGUGGCUGUCAACUCUCAGGUGGACGAUGAUGAAGUCGCUACUGCGCCUGAGCUCCCGAGCAUAGUGGCUUUGUCUGCUUCGAGUUUCAACGGAACCAAUGGAACCACCUUAAUACCACAACCCAUCACCGCAGAGGAGCACGUAGGACCUGAAGGCACUGUGCCUAUCGUUCGCCAAUAUGGCCGACUACCAGACGUCAAGGCCCCGCCGCAGACCAUGAGCUCGUCAUUUGCGCAACAAAUACACAUCGGCAAGCGCGCAAUCGGUGACCACUGGUACGCCUCUUCCGCAGAGAAUGUCGUGAACCACGGCGGCUCAGCAACAUACUCCCUGUACAAAGCCUAUACCGAAUCCAGCGCCGACUUCUCCCUCCUCCAAAGCGCUGUCAUCAAGUAUAACGUCAAGAACCCGCUGUAUAACGACCCCUCCCGCGUCGCCAUGCAGACUGUCGAAGCAGGCUGGAUCAACUACCCCAACCAAGUCUCCGCGCCCCACCUCUUCAUCUACUACACCACCAACGGCUACACCACCUCCGCCAACAACCAAGGUGGCUGGAACCGCGACGUAACCGGCUGGGUACAAGUCGACUCAGCCAUCUACCCCGGCGUAUCCUUCUCCCCGCUCUCCACCCGCGGCGGCGCCCAAUACGACAUCAAAAUCCAAUGGCUACUAUACCAAGGAAACUGGUGGCUCUUCGUCCUAGACCGCUGGAUCGGGUACUACCCCGCGACCCUCUUCGGCGCGAACACCGACGCUUCAAAAUCCCUCCAGCAAGGCGCCGACGCUAUCAACUACUACGGCGAGAUCUACGAUAGCCAUGCGAGUCUUACGAAGACGGAUAUGGGGUCUGGCACGUUUCCUGAUAAGGGGUAUGGGCAGAGUGCGUAUAUUAGGAAUAUGGUGUAUACGGAUUCGAAUGGGGCGGAUCAGAGGUAUGAUGGGAGUAGGGGGAUUGUGGUUAGUGAUACGAAUAGGUAUCAAUUGAGUGCGGAUUGGAGUGGUAGUUCGAGCUGGGGGAGUUACAUGUAUCUUGGGGGCCGGGAGCGGGUGGGGUUGUUGGGGCGUGAGCAGCAUGGGUAA